ACACACACACACACACACACACACACAGACGGGGACGAGCUGCGGAGACCCGCACGAAAUGCUCGUGCCCGACUCCUCCGUGGCGAGGAGGAACGCGCGAAUGUGAACGAAAUCGGUCCGAGGAGGAGCGCCGGGGACGAGCCUGUCUCUUUGCCGCGGGGAUGCGGGGGGACUGAGCUGAGCAGCGAGUGAGACAACACAGUGGGACUGGAUGAUCAAGGCCUCCCCCACGCCACCCGGUGGUGGAAUGGAGCAGUCAUGAAUGGCGACGCCCGCCCCAGCAGCCCAGACCUCUCCUCCUGCCCGCUGCCUGACUGGAAGGAGUUCUGCGAGCUGCAUGCCCGCGCCUCCGCCUCCGACUUCGCCGACAAGUUCCGCCGCUUCGUGAGCGAGAAUCCCAGCUACGACGCGCCGGGUGCCGACACGUCCUUCUCGCAGCACUUUGCGCAGCACUUCUUGGAGUGUUUCGCUGCCGAGCUGAGCCGGCCCCGCACUCCUGGCUCGCCCGGGGGCCCCCGCUACAGCAUCGUGCCCUUCGCGGGGCUCCAGAGCUGCCCGCUGCACUACGGCCACGACCUGUACCUGCGGCGCAGAGACGCCGGCGCCUCCAGCGAGUCGCUUGACAGCAUGGACAGCGGGCCCGGCAGCCGCAGUCCUCGUGCCCGGCCGACCCCCCAGCACAAAACGCCGACGCUGGGCCAGUCACGCAGCACCGAAGACGUGUCGGCGGGACACACCAAGGCCCGAUUCAAGAAGGGCUUUUCCCUGCGUAACAUGAGCCUGUGUGUGGUGGACGGCGUGAAGGAGAUCUGGCACCGGCGGUCCUCUCCUGAGCCCGAGGGCGGCCGGCGUGCAAAUGGUGACGCCGGCGAUAAGUGGAGCCAGCGCCUGCGGCUCUCCAGGGCCUCCCAUGCCCGCCGUGCGGAGCAGAUGGACAUCCAAAGGGAGGGCGCCUUGCGCUACAUGGUGGCCGAUGACACCAGCUGCAUGGGCAGCUCGCAGUGGCAGAAGUGCCGGCUGCUGCUCCGGAAGGCGCCGCAGAGUGUUGAAGGAGAGCGCUUCCUGCUCGAGUUCUACGUCCCACCCAAGUCCUCAAAGCCCAAGGUGAGCGUCCCCCUCUCGGCCAUCGUGGAGGUGCGCACCACCAUGCCGCUGGAGAUGCCAGACAAGGACAACACUUUUGUUCUCAAGGUGGAAAACGGUGAAGAAUACAUCUUGGAGACCAUUGACUCGCUUCAGAAACAUUCUUGGGUGGCAGAUAUUCAGGACUGCAUCGACCCUGGGGACAGUGGAGACGACAUUGAGCUGGCAUCCUGUCCACACGGUCAGCCACACCGCGAGUUCCCUAUGGUGUCCUCCUGCAGCUGUGAGCUGCUCUCUGAAGGUGUGCACCGGGCCCCCGAGCGCCCUUGUGCAGCGGCGGCCGAUCACCACGGUGCCCCUGCUGCCCGCUGCUUACAGUCGUCUUUCUCUGAGCACCCGUCGCACAUCCCACUGGAGCGCUUCCUGCAGAUGACUGAGGGGGCGGGACCAGCUUCAGGUCAGGGCGAGGGAACGCCAGCGGCGGAAGCUGAUGCCAGCCUGACGAGAUACCCGUGGUUCCACGGGACGCUGUCGCGCGUGCGAGCUGCCCAGCUGGUCCUGACGGGUGGAGCGCGCAGCCACGGCCUCUUUGUGAUCCGGCAAAGCGAGACGCGCCCCGGGGAGUACGUGCUCACGUUCAACUUCCAGGGCAAAGCCAAGCACCUGCGGCUGUCAGUGAAUGACAACGGCCAGUGUCACGUGCACCACCUGUGGUUCCAGACGGUUUCAGACAUGCUGCGGCACUUCCACGCUCACCCCAUCCCCCUGGAGUCCGGAGGCUCUGCCGACAUCACGCUGCGCUGCUAUGUCCAGGCCCAGCGCAGCCCCUCUGAGCCUGGAGCGGCUCACGCCCCGGUUGCCCCUAGAGAACCCGGGUGUCAGAGCGAGCCCCGCCAUUCUCCGCCUGCAGACCCGGCCCAUUCCUCCAGUCCUCCCUCCUCACCCACAGCCCCGCCCCCCCUCUCCCGGACUGAGCCGGCGGGGGCCGGAGGGCUGCGGAGCCGUAGCAACAGUUCGGAGCGCUUGCUGGAGCCCCCCAGUGGGUCCGCGGAGGACUACCACGAAAGUGACUCGACGAGGAGAGCGAGAGCCGUGGAGAACCAGUACUCCUUCUACUGAGGUGCUCUCCUGGCCCGUUGUGGCCGACAGGUGACGUAGGAGUAGCCCUCACUGACGCAGUCCAAAAAAAUCAAACUUUUUCCUUUUUUUU